AACUCGAACCCAAACACCUUCCUAAUCACAAUCGAAAAUCUUGAAACACCCCGUUAGGGUUUAUAUUUCAGGGGUUUUCUUCAACCCCAAAUUCCAUAACCUUCCUUCCUUCAAUCAAUUACAGAUCGUCAUCUUCUUCACUCACAAUGUUCACUCUCAUCUCCAAACAACUCACAUUUUCCGCCCUCAAAUCACCCUCCAUUCACCGUUCCCUAUCAUCAUCAACAACAACAACAAAUCUAAUCAACCACAACAACUCAUUCACAGUCUCAUACCUCAUAAACUCAUGUGGGUUCCCUUUAGAUAAGGCCAUUUCAGCCUCCAAGUUCCUCAACUUCAAAACCCCAGAUAAACCCGACUCUGUCAUCCAGUUUUUCAAAUCUCAAGGCUUUACACAACCCCAAAUUUCCCAUAUCAUCAGUAAGUUCCCUUUAGCCUUAUCUUGUCACCCUGAGAAAAACCUUUUACCCAAGUUUCAAUUUUUAACUUCGUUAGGCCUAACAAGUUCCGAUCUUGUGAAAAUAUUAACCGCCAGACCGAAAUCUUUAGGUAGAAGCUUAAAGAAUCAUUUAGAACCUUCCAUGAGUUUGUUACGAGAGUUGCUUCAGUCAGACGAUAGGACUUUGAUUGCAAUCAAGAGGUGUGCUUGGGUUUUGGAUUGGGAUUUUCAAGCGAAUAUGGUUCCGAAUAUGAAACUGUUACGCGAUGUUGGUGUGCCGGGGAGUAAGAUGAUGUAUGUGUUAACGUAUCAGCCUCGGGAUUUUAUGGUGGGUACGGAACAGUUUAAGAGUGUUGUGGAUGAAGUUGUGGGGAUGGGGUUUGACCCGACCAAGACGAGUUUUAUGUUGGCGGUUCACGCGAUUAGGUCGAUGACGAAAGUGAAUUGGGAGAAGAAGAUUGGGACGUAUGAGAAGUGGGGUUGGUCGAAAGAUGAGAUCUUGAUGGCGUUUAGGACGGAUCCGUGGUGUAUGAUGAAGUCGGAAGAGAAGAUUGAUACGGUCAUGGAUUAUCUUGUUAACAAGAUGGGGUUUGAGACGUCUGUUGUUGCCAAGAAUUCGUUGUUGAUUUCGUUGAGUAUGGAGAAACGGAUUAUUCCUAGAUGUGUGGUGUUUGAGUAUUGUUUGAAGAAGGGGUUAAUGAAGGAUAAACGUUCGUUUAGCUGGUGGUUGAGGUGUUCGGAAAGUAUAUUUGUUAAGAGACUGGAACGGUAUGAAAAAGAAGCGCCGGGUGUUCUGAAACUGUAUCGGAAAAAGAUGGAUCUUGCGAGUUAAGUUGAUCUCAUUUUUGUUGUGAUUUGUCGCUUGAUUCGUUAGAGCGUGAAUUUGCUUAUACUUUUGAUCACAGAUUCAAUGUGUGAGAUAUGAUCAUAUGUUAUUAACUUAUUAUAAUAAAGUUUUUGAUUGCUAGUUCAAUUCACA